UGACAGUAAUGUCAGAAUAGUUACUGUUUACCUCCAACACAGGCAGUGUAUUUAAGCAGAAUGAAUGAAUCGGCUGCUCAUUCGACGAGCUGCGGAAGCGUACCAAACAAUCACAACCUCAAUCAAAUGUCGGCAUUUUUUGAUCUCACGGGCGAUGGAAACGAAUUUUCGCUAUUUCAUGUUAUUGAUUUAACUCACGUCCCAAAAGCAUCUGCUCAAUGUUCUGUCGAUUCGUCCAGAAAACUUCCAACACAAAAUCGAACAGACCUAAUUGAUUUGACGGAAGAUUCGCUUGACAAUGAUAAAUAUGAAUGUGUAUCGAAUACAUCGAUAUCUAGAAUCAACGAAGCACUAGAUAUAAUCGAUAAAAAGCAGUUGGACAAACAAAGUGCUUUUUCACCAACACUGGCUGUUGUGGACUUAACUGAAGAAACUUUUCCACAUCUGAUCACAAAUUUCUGUUCUUCUGAAUUUUCGACAAUACCAGGAAAUUGUUACAAUUUUGGAGACACAAAUACACUUACACAUUUAAACGAUGAAACCUUACAGAAUGAACAGAGUUCAUCAUUGCCAGUCAUUGCCAACUCAACACAAUCGCUUUCAUGUCCAGUAAUAACUACUGUUCCAUCGAAAGAAUCUGCGUUUACUAUGGAUUUACCAGCACCGGCUAUUUUCGACAUAACUGAAGAGAGCCUUGCAAAUCCAAUCUGUUCUUCUGAAUUUUCGACAAUACAAGUACCGGGAGAUCAUUCCAAUUUUGGAGACACAAAUGCACUUACACAUUUAAACGAUGGAACCUUACGGAAUGAACAAAACUCUGUUGCAUCAUUGCCAGUCAUUGACAACUUAACACAAUCGCUUUUAUGUCCAGUAACAACUGCUGGUCCAUCGAAAGAAUCUACGUCUACUAUGGAUUUACCAACAACGGCUAUUUUGGACCUUACUGAAGAGAGCCUUCCAAAUCCGAUCUGUUCGUCUGAAUUUUCGACAAUACAAGCACCGGGAGAUCGUUCUAAUUUUGGAGAAACAAAUGCCCUUAGACAUUUAAACGAUGGAACCUUACGGAAUGAACAAAACUCUGUUGCAUCAUUGCCAGUCAUUGACAACUUAACACAAUCGCUCCUAUGUCCACUAACAAUUACUGGUCCAGCGAAUGAAUCUGCGUGUGCAAUAGAUUCUCAAUCAAUGCCGGCUAUUGUGGACUUAACGGGAGAGAUUCUUCCAUAUCCGAUGACAAAUAUCUGUCCUUCUGAAUUUUCGACAAUGCAGGUCACCAAAGAUCGUACAACUUGUGAUACAAAUGAACGUACACACUUAAAUGACGAAACCUUAUGGGAUGAACAAAACUCUGUUACAUCGUUACCAGUCGUUGGCGACUCUUCACAAUCUCUUUUAUGUCCACUAAUAAGUGCUCGUCCAUCGAACGAAGCUGCGGCUGCGAUGGAUUGGGAAAAUACUGACGACUUUGAAAAACUGAGUGAACACUUUGAGUCUUUGCAAAAGAAAAUAUCCGAUUUGGAAAGCACUGUCGUUGAUCUGAACGACGAUAAUGAUACAUCCUUUCUAGUCAUCGAAGAAUAUAAAGCUCAAGCAUGCCAGAUCUACGAAAGAAUUAGAAAAAAGUCCGGAAAACCUACAAAGCGGGCAAAAGAUCGAAUUAAAUUUGAUGGAACACCAUUUCCGGCGUUCAAUGCGAAAUUAGAGCAAUACGUCAACAAGAAAAGAAGACUACCGGUCUUUAAGAAAGUUCUGAAGAGGUUCAAGACAUACAAUCGGGGCAAUAACUGGCAGCUUAAUGAAGAAGAUUGCUACCAAUUGGUGGAAGACUCUCUUUUGAAAAUCGGAAAGAAGCUCCAAAGUCAACGCUAUGUGGCAUUGAACGAUAUUUUUGCAUACUACACAAAUAAUCAGGUUGAUCCUGCUGAGCUUGAUCCUGAGCUGAAAGCGAAACUGGACAGGAAACACGGUACAAUGGUGUAAUGACAAUCAAUUUAAUGAAUUGAACUUUAUUAUCUUAAUGUUUCUGUUGAGUCAAUCGAAUAAAUGAACUUUUUGUUUGGUAUAUAAAUAAUGACGCAAACUUAUUGCUCUUUGGAGUAUUUGGAGUAC